AUGGUGAUUCAUGUCAAGGAUAAGACUGAGAUCUUCAAGGUCCCCAACUUUGGGGGUAAACCCAAUGUCUACUUCGCUGACUACCUUGGAACGGAGAAUGAAAAGGCCAACAAUCCCAUCACCGGUGCUUGGUUUCGCAUUGAGAAAGGACCGGAAGCAACACCCCCGACCUAUGAUUAUGAUGAAGUUGGCAUUGUGAUUGAGGGUGAAAUGACUUUUCGGGAUGAGACCGGUAAAGCUGCAACAGUUGGAGUUGGCGAUACCUUCUAUUUCCCCCGGGGCAGUACGAUUACGUUUUCUUCCAAGAGCUACGGCAUCGCUUGGAAAUGUGGAGGUAGACCCUUGAGCAAGCUGUGA